UGGUACGUUGUGCAUAAAGUUAAAUUUUUUUAAGUAAAUAACAAUUACGACAUUGAGUAACAUUUUUCUUAAUUUGUUACUGCUCCGUAUUAAAAGUAAGGUGCCUCAUACCUUUUCCGAGACAGUUAAAGUGAGAAUUCUGAAGAAAACGAAAUAAUCGAAUACGGAAGUUUCUCCAUGUGAGUGAUUUUAAAUUAUUCAAGUAGAUGUCGCAGUCGCCUUUUUCGUUUGCCAAGUGAACUGAUCAACAGAAUACUGAAUCCGCUUAAAUAAUAGAUGAAGAAGAAGAAGAGACGUAACCUUCGUGUGUUGUGUUAGUUUGACGGUUUGAAUUUUCAAUUUAUUUUAAAUUCAUUGGAAAUAAUAAGUAAUAGCAUUAAUUAACAGCUUCAGUAAAAUGUCUCACACUAUGUCAGAUUUAAGAGAAAAUGUAGGGCUCUUACAGCAUUUUUCAAAUCUCUUAAGUGUAAUAACUAUAGCAAUAUGUUUUAUUUUAAAAAUCCCUCAAAUUAUAACUAUUUUAAAAGUGAAAAGUGCCAAAGGGAUCAACAUUGUAGGACUUCUCAUGGAACUCUCCAGUUACACAAUUAUGAUGUCUUACAACUAUAGAAAUGGUUAUGCGAUUUUGUCCUACUUAGAAUACCCAAUUAUCUUAUUACAAGAACUUGUAUUAGUGGUUUGCGUUUUACAUUAUAAAAAUAUGAUACAUAUUGGUAGCCUUUUUGGUGCAGGCAUAUACUUUUUAACAGCAGCGUCAUUUUUAACUGGAAUGGCCCCGCUUGGUCUGCUUACAUUCUUAGUGCCUCUCUGUACACCAAUCGGGGCAUCGUCUAAGGUCGUUCAAUUGGUCGAAAUAAUAAAAACUAAAAAUUCUGAGUCUGUCAGUGUUCUGACAUGGUUCAUAUCAGCAUUUACGAAUUUCACGAGAGUAUUUACCAUCGCUGUGGAGUCUAUGGACUUAACUUUGCUAUUAAACUUCAGUGUUAAUACUGUUUUAAGUAGUUCGGUCAUGGUAGCAGCUUAUUUGUAUAAACAUCCAAAGGGAGAUUAAAUAUUAACUUAGUUGUAUUAAUAGUGCCAAAGAUUCAGUCCUCUCUUGUUAGAUACAUAAUGUUUUAUCAGUUUUCGAAAUUUUAUACUUUAUUUAUUGUAGAGCGAUUGUGUGAUAGUAUAAAUCAAGAUAUGUUUUAUCUCAUAUUACUGAAAAACAAAGUAAUGUUUUUUUCCUUUUAAUAAAUUUAAAAUAGAAGUAAUGAAAGAAUUGUGCAAAAAGUUCUUUAUUAUGAUAAAAUAUCGAAUCAAAAUAUUGCAAAAAAAAUUCUUUGUAUGCAACCAGUUAUUAGUACAUUAUGUACAAUUGCUUGCAUAACCAAUAUUAACCCAUAAUUAAUUUUAAUGGAAAUCUAAAGCUAAUAUAAAAGGCAAUAUUUUUUAUGUUGAAUGAUUGUUUUAAGUCAAUAUUUUGUUUUUAUUUUUGAUGUUUUUGAAUCAUAGAUGGUUUCUAUUUUCAUUUGUAUAACACAAAAGUUACCAGCUGUAAUUCUAGACGAGAGUUCUGUUGAUAUUUAAAUGAUGCAAUAUUAAAUAUAGUUCCGAGUGAUAAGCCAUAUAUUAUAUUUUACUUCUUAGUCAAUUUUAAGCUUUAUCAAAGAAUAAUGAUUUUAUGAUAACUGUUGUGGAUCUAAGUUUAAAAUAAAAAGGGUGCACUGUGUAGACAGUGGCUGAAAACAUUGUGCGAUUGAAAAAAAAAACAGGUUUUGCUUUUAGGCAAAGCAAAAAACUGGAGUGCUUCUAAAUUUAGAAUAUUUUUAAAUUGCCGAAGAUUAGCUUGUGUUUAAUAAUAUAAUGGAAAUUUUUCAGUAAUCAAGUCAUUCUUUUUUAUUUUUUUAAAGCUGAAAGGCCUUAGUUUAAUAGAUUUACCACUGCAUACAGCUUUGCUAUUAAUUAAUUAUUAUUGUUAAUCUUAUGUCAAUUUUUAUUCAAAUUGACUUAUGAACAAGGCUCUACUUAAAUAUAAACAUUCUUAGUUAAUGGCAAAUCUGGUUAUUCUUUGUGGAAUGUUUCCCUUGAUUUUACAAAUCUUGUGACUAUGUUUUAAUAUGAUUUUAGGCGCAUGUUCAAAAUUUAUUAGCAGUAUUCAAUA